AUGCCAGGCAGGCGCUCUGCCACUCGGCCCUGUGGCCUUCCUCUUCUGCUUUUGGUCCUGGCCAAUGCUCACGGAGAGGGCUGCUCAGGGGAAACAUCUCAUGGAGAGGCUUGCUCAGGGGAAGCAUCCUCACUUCUGACUAGGAAGGUUGAGACCCAUCCGGCCAGCACCGCCAAUGACAUGACUGGCGAUCAACCGGAGCACGCGCUGCGUGAUUCUGAGGAGGAGGCCUCCAUCUUCCCGGAGAACGCAUCCGAUGGCAAGACGCCCGGCUUUGGACCGCUUGCCUCAAAGAUGGAGUUCAUCUUCCUCAAGCUGGCACAACUCGAGACUGUCGUCGAGCUUCAGCAGGUGGAGAUCCAGGAGUUGAAGGCUUGCGGCUGCGCGCAGCAGAGCACCAGCGCUGUGGAGGCGAAGGCGAAGGAGGAGGCCAAGUCUCGGCAUGCGCAGGAGGUCUUGAAGAGCGUCCUGCGCAAGCACGACCGCCAAAUCGAGCAGCGCGAGUUUGCGACGCCGCUGCCCGCACCCAAAGCUGCCUCGAAGGAGAAGGAGAUUCAGCCGCAGCCGGUCGACGCCCGCCUCGAUCACAAGGAGUCUGCGGAUUCUGCUUCUUUCAUUGGCAAGAGUGUCACAGACUCCGCAGAAUUGGCAGUGGAUCAUCUCCUUUCGGACUGGAUGGAUGUCGGAUUUGGGCACCACUGCGCAUGGAGCGCGCCCGGACUCGAGAUUUCCAAAGAGAAAAUCAAGAUGACGAUGGGAAGACAGAAAUGCGAGCUGAAGAUCACAGGCAAGACGUACACGAUUUUCGAUUUGAACUUCGAUGCUGUGGAAGUGCAGUGGCCUGAUCCGCUCAAACAGAUCAUAAGCGCUCUGGACUGCAAUGGCAAGGACGCACUCCAAUGCUUGGGCACCGACAUCGUCCAGAAGGUCCCGCCGUUUAACCUCUUGGCCAAGAUGGAUAAAAUUCUGGUGGAAUUCAUCCAGGUCUUUGCCAGGAUAGCUUCAGGCAUGGCCAAGACGGUGACGCAGGGGAAGGCGUCCAUAAUCCAAGCUGCUGUGAGAUCCGAGUUCCCAGCCGUGGGCGCUGCGCCGUUGCUGCACCACUCGGCCAGCAACCUUCAGAUCCGCACACACUCGCAGCAUGCGCACUCGCAACAUGUGCUGUCUGGCCGGAUGCGGGAGAUGUCAACACUGCAGGAGAAAGGUGACGAUCCAGAGAAGAAACCGAAUCCCAAGGGGAUAGUCUCGGCCGGCUUCUCUGCAAGCGAUGCAAGCUACCGCUCCAGGCUUAUCACGCAGUUUGAUGGAAGCGAGUUUGACACGAGUUCGUGCUUGGCUUUUGCACCAAAGACUAGGUCCGGCGUCAACAACCAGACCAGAAAGCAAGAUUGGCAGGUGAAGGGGGACCCAGAUGGCUUUAUUCAGCUUGAACCAUUUGCCGUGCCCUGCAGCCCCACGUUUCUGCAAAACCACUGGGACAAGUGGCAGGGCUACUCCGUCUACGGCUGGAACCUACCUGUCGAGAGGUGUCUCACCGUCAGCGUCGGAUUGGACUUGGACCCGGUGAUUUCCUACGUUUCAGGUGUGAGCUUCUCCUUCUUCAAGGAAUUCUUCUCUUUGGCUGUAUCAGUUUGCUGGCCCGACUUCAUGCCCAAACACAUCUCCUCCAUAACUGCUCAGGCGCGUUUCUUGAACACCAUGGUGAAGAGCAUCACCCUUCGCAACACGCGCCACCGCUUCCGGCCGGAUGCCGGGCUUUGGCCUGGCGUUUCCAAGAUGCACAAGACUUUUGGCACCUUUUCCAAGAUGCACAAGACUUUUGGCACAGUCGCUAUCCCGAAAGGACUCCCUCGCAAUAGCAGUAUAGAAAACACCCGAGGCUUGGAACCGUUCCCGAGGUCGCGGCUCCAAAACGGCAGCAACACGCGGCAUGCACAGAACAUCUCUCAGACAGAAUCCGAGGACGGCACGCAGUGGGCCACACACGUGGAUGACCUCUACUUGGCAACCGUGGAGGCGGGAGAUGGCCUCAACAUCACGAAGACCUCAGAGUUGCGAGGCGAAGAGGUGUUGCACCGCAUGGCGGCGAUGAGUGUCUUGCAGGACGGCGCCAGUUCCGCGGGGAAUGUCCACCAGCUCUUCAAGUUCAAGGUCUCUGGCUUGGUAAGCUUUGACAUCCAAGGUCUCUUGGAGGACAACAAGAUCGACUUCCUUACAUCCUUCAAGUUUGGAGACUUCGGAGCAGACUCAGACAGGCUUAGGCUCUUCGACAUGGCUGCCCUGACUCGGGAGAUCCUUUCCUCCAUGGAUUUCGAGGAAAGCGAGGUUGACAAGGCCGUCGGCGCCAUGAGCAACAUCACGAGCAACAGCGUCAUCAAGCGCGUGCCGCCCCCGAUGAUAAGGCCCGGCCACCAGAUCGCCCUGAAGAGCAAGCUACACAAGCGCUAUGUCCGAAUGACGACCACUGGUGUGGACUCUGCUACCCAAGACACCAACCAAAAUGCGGACGAUCUAGGUUGGGAGCGCUUCACGGUCGUAGAUGCGGGGAAUGGGCAGAUUGCGCUGCAUUGCGCAGCGUACAACCGCUUUGUACGAAUGACGGAUAGCAAGGUGGAUGCGAGUCCAGUCAGAGCAAUCUCCGAUUUAACUGCAGACUGGAUUUGGGAGCGCUUCCACGUUGUGGAGCUGGCCAACAAUCAGAUCGCACUGCGCAGCCCUGCCCACAAUCGCUUCCUCAGCGUGUCUGACGGCUUCGUCACCCGCAGCGAGCAGACGGCUUGGAACCAGCUGCCGGCAAAUUGGCAGUGGGAGCAUCUCAGCGUGGUGCCUUUGAAGUCGUCCCUAGAGCCCGGCAGCAUCGUUGCCCUGCACAACGCCCAAGUCCGAAGGUUCCUGAACAUGGACGAGCAGCCCGAUAUGGGUUGCAGCUCCCGGGCGGACGCAAGCCUCCCAGAUAGCUGGACCUGGGAGCGACUCACCGUGGUGGAUGCCGGGAACGGCACGAUUGCGCUCCAUAGCGGCUCCAUGAACCGCUUUGUGAAGAUGUCGGGGAGCGACAUGACUGGGAGCCCCCUUCAGGAUGCCAGUCCUUUCCCAAGCAGCUUCACGAAUGAGAUCUUUUCCGUGAGGUACUUCCCAAACUCAGGCGGAGAAGAGGUCGCCUUGCACAAUGCAAAGCACAAUCGGUUCGUCCGCAUGAGGGAGAAUGGGGGCUGGUGUUUGGUCGACACCAGCGCCCAGACGAACUUGCAGGACCUGCCGCUAGACGAUGCGCAGUUGAGGUUUAAGGUCUUGAAGCUCGAUGGCGGCCCUAGCAAGGCCAGUGAUGCCGUGUACUCCUUCGAUGCCCUCUGA